UUCCGGGAGUGUUUGGUGAUGUGGCUCUAAAAUCCGAGGAAAUAAAGAAAAAUUAAAACCAGACGGAUUUUCCUGAGGAGCAUCCGCACAGUUCCGACUUUAUGUUAAGCCGUCUGGCCAACGUCCUCCAGGAGCUUUCUGGAGAGGAGGGCACAGAUGGAAACCAACAGGGCGUGCUGGAGCCUCAGCUCCCCGCCGCAGAGGGCCAGACUGCGGUGGACGCCGAGGUUCCCGAGGACGCCAUGGAGAGGCUGGCCCACCUGGAGCAGCUGGUUGUCCAGCUGAAGGAGCUCAUUCGAGACAAAGACGCUCAGCUGCUGCAUCAGGAGACCGAGCUGACCAAGAAAGAUGCUCAGCUCAAGAACGAGAAAGAAGAGGCGGAAGCUCGCUUCACCAAACUCAAACUGCAGGCGAAAGCCAAGAUGGCGUCGCUCAACAAGCAGAUAACGGAACUGAAAGGACAAGCAGAAUCAGCGACUCCAGACGGUUCUUUCUGCUCUGCCGGCGCGGCGGCGGCCGAGGAGGAGCUUCAGGAUCUGCGGGCCAAGCUGAGCGAGGAGGAGGCCUGCAGCCGGCAACUAAAGGAGCGACUCCUCGCCACCGAGCUGCUGCUGCAGGAGAAGGAGGCUGCCCAUGCUGAGCAGCUGCGGGUGCUGCAGGCUGUCGUUGCUGAGAAGGACGUCCGUUUUCAGGAGCAGAUUCAGAGACAUGAAGAGGAGCUGCUGAAGGUCGGCACACAGGACGGCACCGAGCUGCAACAGGCGCUCCAGGCGGAUCAGCAGCGCUGCGUUGAGCUCGAAGAGGCUUUGUUCUCUCGGUCCCAAGAGCUGGAAAUGCUGCAGCAGGAAGUGAGCAGCGCUGAUCAACAGAAACAGAUUUUGACGGCUCAGUUCCGGCAGAUGGAGCAGGAACUAACGGAGGCAGUGCAGCUGAGGCAGGAAUGGGCCGAGCAGGCCCGCCAGGGCGAAGCGGAGCUCUCUGCCAUGAGGGAGCAGCUGGAGAAAGAGAAGAUGGAGACCUCCAGGUUGGUGGCGGAGCUAAAUCUGAUGAAAGAGGCAGAGCUAGCGGCUGCCCAAGCGCACCAAGACGCCUCAGAGAGGGACAGGGCGGAAAUCACACGGCUCCAAAGCGAAAUUAGAGAAGCAGAAUCAGCCAGGAAGGAAACCACGGAACAAGAGAGGUCAGAGGUCGAUGACCUGCAGAAAGAGCUGGUGAACCUCAGAGAAGAGCAGGAAGGCUUGAAGAAGAAGGAGGAGCUUCUGGCUGAGAUCUGGAGCCACCUUCGCUCCCUCGCUCCUGAAACGAUGCCGGAGGGCGACCCCGCUGACCCCGCUCUGUUCCUGGACUCAGUGCGGUCCGUGGAAAUGCAGCUGGUCAGGCUGAAGGACGAAUGUGGAGAACUGAGCGAACAGCAUGGCCAGCUCAUCCAGAACAUGAAGGCCCUGCAGGAACAACUUCACAUAAAAUCAGCGGAACAAGAGGAGGCCGAUGUCAAGAUACGACAGCUGGAGCAGCAGAUUGUAGAAAUGUCUGACACUGAAACAUCUCUGGAUUCAUCCCAACCUGAUAAAGAACAUAUUCUGGCGCUGGAGCAGCAGCUUGUAGAAAAAGACAAUGAGCUUGUUGCCUUACGAGAAUCCAUCAUAGUUGCUACAAAACAAAGCUCAGGAGAAGCUGAAAUAAACCAAAGUCCGGAUCCAGACACUACCGCAGCUCCUGCUGAUUCCGUGGAAGAUGCACAAGAUGAAGAGACCACCUUAGUUGCAGAAGACACCUUCGUCCUCUCCAUCCCUGCUGAUAGCGAAAGCAGCCCGGAGCUCAUCGGACUCCAGUCCGAGUCUCCUGAAGAAUCAAAGGGAACCUCCUCAGAUGAGAUGGUCACCAGCACUGAUUCAGAGGUGGCCCACAGCAGCUGGACGCUCCUGGAAGCCAUGAAUCAAGACGGCGCUCAGGAGUGGCCCUCCGUCCCCCAGGAUGUUGGUCAGUCCUGGGUGGCAACAAGCAUGGAGCAGGAAUCCUCCCAGUCGUCAUCCGUGGUCCAAGUCCACCUGACCCAACAGAGUUCCUCCUCCUCCGACGAAAACGUCAAUUUCUUUGCUCAGGCUUUAGCCGAGGAGCUGCAGAAGAGGUACGGGGAGCUUCUGGCAGAGCUGCAGGGGCUUAAAGACGCAGCUGCAGCAUCACAGGAGAGAAUCAAAACCUUGGAAGAGGAAGCACAGUCUCUCACUGUCGCCAAAGAGGAAGCUGAGGCUGAAGCACUCAGGUUGUCCAACGAGCUAGAAAACAGCAAAAUGGUGGAGAAACAGAGUGUUGAAAUGCAACUUCUGGAAGAAGAAUUGGAGAUUUUAAAGAAUGAAAAUAAAACCAAGGAGGAGAAGAUUGAGGCUUUGCAGGCAGAUUUGGAAACAACGCAGAAAGCUCUGUCUGAGCAGGAAGGUGAGGCGAGGAUGCUGAGCACUCAGCUGCAGGACGGAGAACUUCUUUCCACCAAGCUGCAAAAGAAGAUUUUUGAAAUGGAAAACAGCCUGUUGGAGCACUCUCAGACUUCAGAUCUCCACAAUGAGUCUCUAUCAAAGAAGGACUCUGAGAUUGAAGAGCUGCAGCUUCUUCUCAACCAGAAAGAAAAGGAGGUGACAGAGCUUAACGACAGCAUGUCCGCCAGGCUCCUUCAAGCAGAAGAAGAGAAGUUUGAAAUGAAAGGGGAAGUGAGUAAACUCAAGGAGCAGAUGGAAGAGCUGGAGAAGGCCAGAGAUGAUCAACAGCAAGCAUCUAAUGAUGACGAAGAAGUGGUUACCUUGAGGAACGAGAAGGAAGCCUUGGAAAUGCAGCUGGCAAACACAAAGAAGAAGUUGCAGGCUGCUCUGGUUCAGCGCAAGGAGCUCAUGAAGAAAGUCAGCGAGUUUGAGAAGGAAGCAGAACGAUGGAAGGAGAAAGACGAGACAGAAGGACUUUCUGAAAAGCUCUCUGAAAGACCUGAGAUUCAGGACUUGGAGGAAAAGAUCAUGAAGCUAGAAGACUCAUUAAGAUCCAAAGAGGAAGAAGUGGAGACUCUUAAGCAGAGACUUGACCAUCAGGAUCAAGUCCUUGCAGAGACAGUUGCUCUGAACAGAAAGCUGAGCGACGAACAGCCUGAAGCCGCCUCUGAAACGGGUAUCUUGCGGUCUCAAGUCGCUUCUCUUGAAGUGGAGUAUGAAACACUCCAGAAGAAGUUUCAGGAAGCCCAAGAAUCCCGCAAGGAAACCAUUCGCAAAGCCAAAGAGAAAGACAGGCAUCAUCGCGAACAGAUGAAGCAGCUGAAAGAUGACUUCAACGAGCUAACCGAGCAAUUUGACGUACAGAGCAGAGAACGGGAAGGUCUUCUCGACAAGCUUAGGGAGCUGGAGGAAAAGACGACCUCUGAUGGAGAUCCACAACCAGAACCAGCGCAGGCGUCUGCAGCAAACAGUUGGGUUCAAGAGGAUUGGGUGGACUUUGCUGCAUCUGAAACAGUUUCAUUGAAAACACAGGUAAGCGAUCCUGAUCAGCCGUCUCCUGUUGCAUCUACACAACUGGAGGAAUCUCUUAAAGUUCUUCAAGACGAGAUCCAAAAUUUUCGGCAAGUGAACACUGAGCUGGAGAAGCAACUCCAGGAAACUCACAGCAGCCUGUUGCUUAAGGAGUCUGAGAUUCUUGAACUGGGUAAAGACCUGGAAGAACUGAGAGAGAAGGAAAAGCAAAUUGAUGCUCUCUAUGAGGAGUUGAAUGUACUUCGAGAAAAGUAUCUUCAAGCUGAAGCUUAUACAGAAACCCUAAAGGCAGAGAUAGAAACUGCAUCCAAAGCUUCUGUAGAAGACUCCAUGAAAACUCUUCAAGCUGAAGUGGAAGACUUCAAGCAGUUCCUAGACAACAAGAACCGCGAGAUAUCGGAGCUCAGCCAGCAGCUGAGUGAGCAGAACUCCCUCAUACACUCAAUGCAAGACUCUGUGUCUGAGAAAGAUCGGCUGAUAACCUCUUUACAGGAGGAACUGAAGGCAGAGCAAGAGAAAAUGCACAAGCUGCAGACCGAGAUUCUACAAAAGCAAGAAGAAGACAGUGAGGCAAAGCUCCAGCAGCUUCAGCGAAAGCUUCAAGCUGCUCUGGUGUCUCGCAAAGAGGCCCUCAAAGACAACAAGACCCUAAAGGAGCAGCUCACUUCGGCCGAGAAGGCAGUCGCCGAGCUGCAGCAGAAGAUCGAUUCAACAGAAGAAGAGCUUGAGAGUCUAAGAGGCGAAAGAGCAAAACUUAUUGAGGAGGUUGAUCGGACGUUAGUGGAGAACCAAAGCCUGGGGUCGUCGUGUGAGAGUCUGAAGCUCGUAAUGGAGGGAAUAAUUAAUGAGAAGGACGCUUGUAAGAAGGAGGUGGAGUUGGCAAAGGAAGAGGCAGCAAGGGUGUGUAAGGAGUGGGAGGAGAAGGUUCAUGGGAUGAAGGAGGAGUACGAGACUCUGCUAAAGUCUUACGAGAAUGUGAGUGAUGAGGCGGAGCGUGUGAGGAAGGUCCUGGAAGCCGCUCGGCAGGAAAGACAGGAGCUGGCGGCGAAAGCGAGAGCUCAGGAGACUGCAAGGCAGGAGAGCGAGAGACGAGCAGAGGAGGCGCAGAAGGAGGUGGACACAGUGAAGGACAAAAUGAGGAAGUUUGCAAAGACAAAACAGCAAAAGAUAAUGGAGCUGGAGGAGGAGAAUGAGAGACUCCGAGAGAAGCAGGAAACUUCAAAACAUGAUGAUCCAGUCAUCAAAGCUGAAGCAGAGCACCUUCAGGAGGAGAUGAGAGCUCUGCAAGCUGAACUGGAGGCUGCAGCAGCGGAAAGAGAUGCUCUAAGGCAGCAGGUUGAAGAGCUGAAUGGAAAACUCGCUGACAUUGAGGCAAACCAACACAGCUCUGUGGCUGUUGUUGAGGAAGUCAUCACUGCAACGCAGUCAGAUGCCAUCUUGACUGCAGCAGAGCCACAAGAUGAUCUUGCGGUUGCAGAAGAAAAGGAGAAGGCUCAAGCUUUACUGGAAGAUCAGCUGAGGGAGAUUGAGAUUCUGAAAGCAGAGAAGGAACUCUGGCAAAAACAACAAACUGAACUGGCAUCUCUUGAGCAAGAGCUGCAGGAGAGCAAAAAUAACGAGAACCAUCUGGAGAAGAACCUUCAACAGAGCAACGAGAGAGAAAAACACCUGAUUGAAGACGCUUCAAAGAGAGAAGCUGAGCUCAAAGAACUCCUGGAGAGUCUUGAAACCGAGAAAGACAACCUGGAGGAGCGUCUGAUGAACCAAUUGGCCCAGCUCAACGGGAGCAUAGCCACCUACCAGCAAGAAGCAGCAGACAACAGUGAGCAACUCGCUGAGACUCAGCGAGAGGUAGAGAGACUGGAGGCUGAGGUCCAGAGUGAGAGAGACCGAGCCGCCAGGCUGGAGGAGGAUGUGAGGCAGGCCCGGCGAGAGAGAGCCGAAGCCGAGGCAGAGUCCGGAAAGCAGAGGGAACUGGAGCAGCAGCUGAGGUCUGCCCAGAGGGUCAAAGAAGGCAGCCAAAGCCGAGCAAAGCAGCUGGAGGAGCUGCUGAGGGAAAAACAGCUGGAAGUGCGGCAGCUUCAGAGGGACUCCAUCCAAUAUCAGGAGAAGAUCAGUGAACUUGGACGUGAAGUCAAGGCCCUGCAGCUAAGUCAGGAGGAGCUCCAAGGCAGGCUGGAGCAGUCAAAGUUGGAGUCCGCCAAAACAUUAGAAGAUCUCAAGAUGUCUCAAACAGAGAUGGAGAGUUGUAAAACCGAACUAACGAAAGCGCGGAAAGAAGCAAGUGAGGCGGUCUCUGCAAGAAUGGCCAUUGAGCAAAGCUUCCAGCAGAAAGAGGCAGCGCUGAAGGUUGAGGCGGAGAAAACUCUGGACUCUGUGAGAUUCAGGCUGGGAGCUGAGCUGAAGGAAACGGAGCUCAGACUGGAGGAGGCCUACAGCGAGCGGGAGAAGGAGGAGGAAGCUGCUUUGGAAGCCAGAGAGGUGGCAGAGGCAGCAGAGAGGCGAGCCCAGGAGAUCCAGGCCCGUCUGGACGAGACUCUGGCCAGGUUAGCCGCCUUCUCUCGCAGCAUGUCCUCCCUGCAGGACGACAGGGACAGAGUUCUGGAUGAAGCCCGGCAGUGGGAGACGCGUUUCAACAGCGCUCUGCAGGGGAAGGAGGCUGAAGUCCGUGAGGCUGAAACACGCGCCAAGGAGCUCGCAGAUCAACUUCAGAAAGAGACGGCGCUGAAAGAGGAGUUGGAGCAGUCGGUCAACAGGUUACAGAGAGCAGAGAAAGACUGGCAGCUGAGAUUGGAAGAAGAGCAAAAGAAAGUCGUGGAGCACCAAGCCGCUCUUGAUCAGGAAAGAUCGAAGCUGGAGGAAACCGCAUCCGAGUUAGAAUCUGCUCAGAACGAAGUCAGCGUCCUCAAAACCGAGCUGAAGAGUCUGGGUCAGAGGGUCCGGGCUCUGGAGGAGGCAGUCGGCAGACAGACGGACGAGGUGGAUCGGGCCAGAACCGAGCUGAGGGCGAGGGAGGCCGAGGAGAGGCGUCUGUGUCUGAACGUGGAGCAGCUGGAGACGGACCUGCGUUCCUCCAAGGUUCUGACGGAGAAUUUACAGACGGAGCUAAACGAGAAGGAGAGGAGGGAGGUGGAGCUGCUGGGGGAGAAGGAACUCGCUGUUGCACAGGCAGCAGAGGAGGCACGGAAAGAGGCUGAGAACCGGGCACAAGAUGCUGAAAGGGAGCUGGAGCAGAGAAGAGGAGAAGUGAGGGAUCUGGAAGGAAAACUACGGGAAGCACAGGAGGAGAGCAGCAACCGGAAAGCCAGACUGGACUCCUUCACCAAGGCCAUGGGGUCCCUGCAGGACGACAGAGACCGAGUGCUCAGCUCGUACAAACAGCUGGAGGAGAAACACCUGCAGGUGAUGAUGGAGAAGGACGGUCUGAUCCAGGAGGCGGCAGCGGAGAACAACAGCCUGAAAGAGGAGCUUCGCUCUCUGCUGGUCCAGAGAGACGACAUGCACGCCGAACAGGCCAAGCUGUCUGCUCAGCUCCACGGAUACCGACACGAACUCACCCAAGUGUUGAGCAUGAAGGACUCCCAACACAAACAGCUUCUGGCAGCUCACAGGGAGCAGAUCUUCACCUUACAGCGGGAGCGCGAGGAGCUGGAGGCUCAGCUGAGGAGCAAAACCAAAGAAGAGACGCAGAAAGUGGAGAUGGAGACUCUUAGUCGAGCCUCGCAAGAGAUGGACGCACCUGGAGCGGAGGUGGAGAAGCUGAGGGAGCAGCUGCAGGCGGAGCGCGGCCGAGCCGAGGCCCUGGAGGAGCGGCUCGCCGCAGAGAGCAGGGAGCUGGCGGAGCUGCGCUGGGAGGGCGGCGUGAUGCGCACCGAGUCGGAGAGCGCCCAGGAGAGGGUGGCGGAGCUGGCCCGCGACCUGCUGAUCGUGGAGCAGCGGCUGCUGGAGGAGACAGACACCACCAAGCAGCUGAGGCAGCAGAACCAGCAGCUCGCCGACGCCGUGGCGGCGCUGCAGGAGGCCAGAGAGGAGGCGGCGCAGAAGGUCAGGGAGCGGGAGGAGAGGAGCAGAGCGGCACAGAGCAGCGGGGGAGGGUCGGCUGGAGAGGUAUGGGGCCUGAAGAACGCCCUGCAGGCCCUGCAGAACGACAGGGAGAGACUGCUGGAGCAGCUGAACACGCAGACGGCUGAGCUGAAGAAGCAGAAGUCGGACCUGGCUCGGCUGGGAGCCGGAGAGCUCAUUAAAGUCAGUCAGGAGCUUUUAGAGGAGAAGAAGAGGAACGAGGAAAUACUGGAGGCCGUGACGCGGCUGGAGAGCGCGGCGGAGAGAAGCAAGCAGGAAACAGAAUCCCUCAGGCUGGAGCGGAUGGACUGGCUGGCUCAGGCGGAGCAGCUGAAGCAGCAGACGCUCGCCACGCUCUCAGAGAAAGACCAACAGCUGCGGCAGCUGGCUGCCAUGUUGGAGGAGGCUCGAAUCCAGAAGCCCAAACUCAAACGAGAACAGCUACAGAGACAGAGCACAGAAGAAGGAGACGACCCACCUGGAGCGCCGCAGGAGCGAAGCAGCCUGACCGACGGCCGAUCCUCCAAAGCAGAACUCCUGGAGCUUCAGCAGAGACUAGAAGAAGAGACUCGGCAGCGGCUGGCGGUUGAGGAGCAGCUGAUGGCGACACAAGAUCUCCUCAAACGUCACACCCAGGCGUCAUGGCUCUCUGCAAACGAAGGGGACCUCUCUGAGACGGCUGUGUUUAUCGAGCCGCCAGAAGGCGCCGUCACCCGGACCCGCAGAGGAGGCCCCAGCUUGCUGCGGAUGCUCCGCGUGGCGUUCUGCUCCCGUCAGCGAACCCCUCUGCUGCUCGGCCUCUACCUGCUCACUGUGCACGUGCUGCUGCUCCUCUGCCUGGGCGGGUACCUCUGAAAAACCGUUCCAAAUAACACGAGAGAAGGUCCAAGAAAAUAGAACUGUGUUGGUUUUAAUUCUUAGUGUUAUAUAUAUAUAGUAAUUUAACGAAGGGUCCGAAGGAUGUUCUGUACAAACGGUGCACUUUAAUCGUUUAGCCAAAGUAUAUACAUUCACUUCAGGGGGCGUUUGUUUCAACGUUUUGGUCAUAGGUGACCUCAAGUCACCUACAAGUGGGAGACUUUGCUUCAAAACGGAUGCAAAGGGACAAUAUCUUAAUAUUACUUAGUAAAAUAAACAAAUGCAAUCUUCAAUUAUUAUUAUGGAGAAAAGAAAUUAGCUUCUUUGGAAGAUCUGAGCCACUGCUCCUUCACAUCGAAAGGGACUGGGGAAGGUAGUUCAGCCAUCUGAUGGAGAUCCCCCAGUGUGAGGGUUUCCUGGGUUUCCCUUCCAGGUCUGAUGAGUUGAAAGAAGAGACGAUGGAUGGAAGAAAAGACGCCACCAAGUAUUUUGGAAGUGUUGUACGUCAUGUGCCUUGUAGAUUUGAGCUCUGAGUCUUUCCAGUUACAGGAAAAAGUUCUGAAAAUCCACAAAAUUCUGUGUAUUGGGAUCUUAAGGUAGAGGCCAACAUGAAGCAGAACGUAAUUGUGAGGUGGAUGAAAAAUCAUGCCUGGUUCCUUACAUGGGGGAUUGAUUUGAACUAAUAGUCCCCCUUACGCUCGGCUCUUCAUUCAUGAAAACAAAUGGAAAACUAUGCACAAAGUUUCUUCAGCUUCACAACUGAUGCGAAAUAAUUCAAGAGACGUGAAUACUUUAAAGCACCAAACACUGGAACUAAAAUCCUGUGAGAGUCAAAUUUGCCUUGAAAAGUAGCUAAAGUACCUAUGCUAAGCUAUCUGAGAGAUUAACGGUUGUUUUGGGGAAACAAGUUGGGCUUAUGAUGGGAUAUUUAUCUCCUUCUAACUUCCUUGGCAAACGGUACCAUUUCUGGUUCUACAUAUCUCCCGGGUCGCCUCUCUUUACAGUAAUUAUGCAGUUUUUAAUCUGUUCUUCACUGUUCCUUUAGAGACCUGUUUCCCUUUAUGUCCAUUUUGAUGUUGCUGCAUUCCAACCAAUGAAGGAUGACGCAUUAUUUGAACGAUUUCUCCAUUGACUUAGAUUUAAUGUUAUGAAAUAUAGGUUAAAUCCAUAUAUAUAUCAUUCCUGUCUCAUAACUCUGGGCUGCUAAUUCUGCUGUCACAUCCUUCUGUGUUAUUUCUUCUUGUAAAUACCUGUCCAAAGGGCUGUAUAUGGGAAAUAUAUAAUGUAAUUAAAACUUUUUGUGGUUUGGAUCAAUCUAAAGUUAAUUUUCUCGGUAGGUUUUUGUUUACGUCCUCGUUGGGAUCAUCGUGACUCAGAAAAUCUAAUCACCAUCUUUUUGAAAUUAUUAACCGACAAAUGAAGCUGAGGUUCGGACGGUUUUUACAGUGGGUACCGGUGUGUGUGAAACACUACAAUCGUUUUUCUCCAUGGCUGGAGGAAAACGAUCAGGUUGUUACUGAUGAUGACACAAGUUUGUGUUCGAAACUUUUAAUAAAGGGUGUUUUUAAGUGGAA